CUGUCAGCAUCAGCUGCUCCCUGCACUUAGAGAUUUUGAUCAUAGGAGAAGACCCCGAAUCGAGGUCUGUCCAUGGGGAAGAGCUGCAAAGUGGUCGUGUGUGGCCAGGCAUCAGUGGGAAAGACCUCUAUCCUAGAACAGCUGUUGUAUGGGAACCAUGUAGUAGGUUCUGAGAUGAUUGAAACCCAGGAAGAUAUCUAUGUGGGUUCAAUUGAGACCGAUCGAGGUGUUCGGGAGCAAGUGCGAUUCUAUGAUACCCGGGGCCUACGAGACGGGGCAGAACUCCCCAGGCACUGUUUCUCCUGUACCGAUGGAUACGUUCUCGUCUAUAGCACUAACAGCCGAGAGUCCUUCCAAAGAGUCGAACUACUGAAGAAGGAGAUUGAUAAAUCAAAGGAUAAGAAGGAGGUCACCAUCGUGGUCCUUGGCAACAAAUGUGACCUUCAGGAGCAGCGUCGAGUGGAUCCUGAUGUGGCCCAGCACUGGGCCAAGGUGGAGAAGGUGAAACUAUGGGAGGUGUCUGUGGCCGACCGCCGCUCUCUCCUUGAGCCCUUCAUCUACUUGGCCAGCAAGAUGACUCAGCCCCAGAGCAAGUCGGCCUUUCCACUCAGCCGUAAAAACAAGGGCAGUGGCUCCUUGGAUGGCUAAGAAUUUCCCUUCUCUCUUUCCAACACCCCCCAGCCCUAACCCUAUCCCAACCUUGCCUCACCUCCCAACUCCUUGGGGUUUCAAGUCAUUGGGAAAAUGAAGGGACAGGGUAAGAUGGGCUUCCUGAAGUCAGUCUGGCAGAGGACCACAAUGGUAAGCCAUUGGGAAACACCCAGAGUCUCAUCUCACUCCAUUGUUUCUCCUUCCUUGGAGAAGGGUCCAAAUAGUGUAAGUUACUCCACAGCCAUCACUCACACACACACCCCUGCUCUUGCUAUCAGCAUGAAAUCCAGUUUGAGAGUUGGUGAUAGCGGUUGACUAGGGUCCCCUGUAAAAGGCUCCCAGGAGCUCCAAGUCAUGGUCCUUGGAAAAGGAUAAUCAAGCAGGAAUAUAUUGGUAUUUUGGUAUAUAUUGGUAGGAAAUCAUUUCCUCCCUAUCUCAGGAGAUGUCUCCAGCUCACUUGUGUCCUUUCCCUAAUAAGAAGAGCUCGAGCCACUGGGGAGACAGAAACUUCUCAUUAAGUUCUCUCCUGCUUGUUCUCUUCCUUCUUCCCUGGGAGUCUGGUCAUGAUACAGUGUAAGGGAUCUCCUGGUUGGAGUCCAGGAGGCCAGUCUCAACUCUUCACUUACUAGCUAGGUGACAUUUCCUUUCUGCGCCUCAGCCUCCUUUUCUGUAGAGAUGAGAGUCAAAACUAGACUCCUUGCCUUUCCAGGCCUCUUAAUUUUCUUCAUCCCUUAAAUGUGGCCCAGUGCUGGGCCAACGUAGAGAAGGUAGAACUGUGAGAGAUGUCUGUGGCCACCAGGGGGCAGGAGCACACCAUCCCUGUUGACUAUUUAGACAUCUGUUAUGGUAGGGAGGGGUGCUUGUCCAGUAAAUCAGACUGAUGCCCAAGGGGGCCAAUGUUUUCCAACCCUCUACUAUAUUUAUAAAUAGCCAGUUGGCUUUGGGGAUUUUGCAUAGGUUGUUGGGGCUGGGGCGACCUUGGCUGUAGACUAUUGGGCCACCAUAAUGAAGACUAUAUAGGGCACUCCUUCUUCUGCCAUGGGUCCUAGUAGUACAAAGCAGGUCAGUAGAAGCCUUUCAUUGGCUAAUCAUCCAUUUGGUAUGUGUUGGUGAAUGCAUGCGAUACUCUAUACUGUUACCGUGUCUUCCUGCCAGCAACAUCAGGCACCCGUGCCGCACAUGAAGACAUGUACCAGAAGGCAGCGCUGGGGGUUUUGUGGGGUAGAGGUUAACACAAAUACACUGCGAAGCUCCAGACUCUUUUAUUGAUGAGUUGGACAUAAUAAAGCCACAAUAGCUUAUUAUAAAAAAAA